AUGUUCUUUUUCCCCGAUCGCAACGGGGCUUGGCAUCCAGACUCGACCUCCGAUCUCUUUUCACUCCUCCUUGCCUUCCUCUACAGCUUACCAAUGUCUUUCUACGCCGCUCCAAACCAGCAGCGCACGCUGCGUGCCUGCAUGGUCUGUUCCGUCGUCCAAAUCCACAAUAAAUUCAUGCGCGAAGGCUGUCCGAACUGCGAAAAUACCCUCCAGCUCCGCGGGAACAAUGACGCUAUCCAAGAAUGCACGUCGCAGGUCUUUGAGGGUCUAAUCGCUGUUCGGGAUCCAGCUGUUAGCUGGGUUGCUCGCUGGCAGCGGUUGGAUAACUAUGUGCCGGGUACAUAUGCGACCAAGGUGACAGGUUCGCUCCCUGAAUACAUCAUCAGCAGUCUCGAGGACUCUGGAAUCAAAUACGUCCCGCGAGAUGGAAGUACCGGCGAGGAGGAUGCUUGA